UUCUCUUACCAGACUAUCCACACAUUCAUAAUUCAUUUCAGCGCUAUUUAUUUUCUGCCCUAAAUUCCAAAUCUUUCUUACACCAUAUCCCUCAUUUCAAUCAAAUUCGAUACUAUCUAUAAUUUAAUUUAAUUUAAUUUACUGCACAAUCGAUUUACUUACCGGAGCUUCCAUGGCCGCCGCCGCCGCCGGCGACAACAACGUGGAAAUCCCCGAAUACUUCGUCUGCCCAAUCUCACUCCAGAUCAUGAAAGAUCCCGUCACGGCGGUUUCCGGCAUCACCUACGACAGGGACAGCAUCGAACGGUGGCUAUUCAAGAGCCACCACGCCAUCUGUCCGGUCACCAAACAGCCCCUGCCGGAAAAUUCCGACCUCACGCCGAACCACACUCUCCGGCGGCUCAUCCAGGCCUGGUCCACCGCCAAUCAGGCCUCCGGCGUCGAUCGGAUUCCGACGCCGAAACCCCCUCUCAGUAAAUUAUAUUUCAUCAAACUCGUCAAGGACCUGACUCGCCGGAAAUUGCAGACUCUUGAAGCCCUGGCGGCGGAGAGUGACCGGAAUCGGGUUUUAAUGGUGGAGGCGGGAAUCGGCGCCGCCGUCGUCGAUUUUAUCGUCGAUUGUUAUCGGAACAGGGAGGCUGAUGGUGGCCUGGAGGAAGCCCUGAGUCUUAUUUAUGUAAUUAGGGGGGCGUUGAAAAAAUCCAGGGCCGGCGCCGGCGCCGGGGAGUUGGCCGGAAACCUGGAAAUUGUGGACGCUUUGAUUUGGGGGUUAGGGUUUGAUAAUCUGAAAUCGCAGGCUGCCUGCGCGCUAAAAAUCGUUGUCCAGGCGGCGGACGGCGGCGCUCCGGCGAGGAUAUUCGAGACGAUGAAGGCGGAAACCCUCGCCGGAAUCGGGGGCAAUCUCGUCGGCGGCGGGAUUUCUCAGCAGGGGGUGAACUCUCUGUUACACGUGGCGGUGGAAGCUUGUCAAUGGGGGAGGAAUCGUGUUCGGAUGGUGGAAUUAGGGUUUGUUUCCGACCUGAUCGAAUUGGAGCUUCAAUGUCCGGCGCGGCGGACGACGGAGCUGGUUUUGGAGGUGCUGUACAGGCUGUGUUCUCAAGCGGAGGGCAGGGCGGAGUUCCUGAGGCACGCGGCGGCGGUGGCGGUCGUGACGCGGCGGAUGCUGACGGUGUCGGCGGCGGCGGACGAGCGGGCGGUUAUGAUAUUGUGGGUGGUAUCGAAGUUUUCCGGCACGGCGGCGGUGGCGGAGGAGAUGGUGAGGGUGCGGACGGCGGCGAAGCUGUGUGCGGUGAUGCAGGUGGAGUGUGGGUGGCAUGUGAAGGAGAAAUCCAGGGAAAUUUUGAGGAGGCAUUUCCAGGCCUGGAAAGAUUCCCCCUGCGUUGAAGUGGCAACCCUCGCCAGAUAUACUACCACCUGAUUUUUUUUAUUUUUAAGUUAUAUUGAAAUUUCAGAUUAAACAAGUACACGGUGUGCGAUGAAAAAUCGAAGAUUCAAUUAUCAUAACUUCAAGUUGAAUACUU